AUGCCAAUUAAGCUCCCCAAAGGUUUCACUCGACGGAAGUCGGCUGGCAAUGCUUUAGAAGAGAUCGAAGCCCCGCCGCAGUCAUCAUUUCGAGUCUUUGAACGUCCCUCUGUCGAUCGCAAGUCCGUCAGUGAAGGCAACCUUCUCUCCAAGCGGUUCAGCGAGUCCACCCAAGAAGACCACGAUAACAUCUUCGCCGCUCCGGAGAACCAGCCCAAAGGGAACUUACGGGCCUGUUCAGGCCGAGACGCACUCGCCACAUUCGCGGAACCUGCACGAUAUCCCAAUUCCACCCAUCUCGGGGGCAUUGCGUGCGGCCGGUCGAACUUUUUCUUUUCGGCGGUCGAUUCUCCAAGGCCUCUGCGCCCUGUUCCCCCACCGCAUCAGUCUACCCCGGCUCGGAACAGACCCAUGACUCCCAGCAGCAAUAGCACGGCAACGCCUCCCAAGCUUCUGGACACCGACUUAAACCUCGGCCAGCUCGGAGACGACUUCCAUAACAUGUUCGACGGGGUGGGGAAGCAGGAGACUGCGGCACAGCAACCGUCGACGCGAAACAGUUCGGUGGAUUCGGUACGGCUCUUCGAGCAUGAUUAUCCGUUCGCCAUGGGGUUGAUGCUAACGCAACAAAUACAGUAUUCAUCUUCACCUCCUGAGAAACCCUCCCAAGUGAACGGAAAGGCGUCUCGCCCGACCCCCAUCAGUACGGAUCGCUCGAGAGAAGUAGAACCAUCUCCAUACUCGUGGGACAGCCAACACUCCGGAGAGGGUCUUCUAAACACUGUCGAGUCGCCCCAAGCCACGUCUACGACGCCCCCGCCGUUCGAGCGGCGAAAAUCAUUGCCCCUGUCGAACCUCCCUUCCACCACCAACCACCGUUCAUUGGAGAGGCCGAACGCGGCUGCGGAUCGGGGGCUGAGAAGAAGUGUAUUGUAUGCCAGCAAGCGGGACUCCGCCGCUGUGGAGGAUGAGGACGCCCGAGUGGUAAGGCAAUCUCUCUAUUCCAACCGGAGAAGCUCGCAACCUCUGGUCAUGUCCGACCACGAUGAUUCAGACGAUACGCCGCUCUUUGCGAACGUCCCCAAGACCACCGCGGCCACCGAGGAUCCGGCGGACAUCUCCAUCGCAGCCCAUGCCCAACUGGCAGCCCAGUAUGAGGAGCGACAACCCGCGACAACGGCAUCGGGCACCAAAAUCAUGACGCCCUCCCAGUUCGAGCAUUACCGACAGCAGCAAGCCCUCCGGCGGUCGAACAGCGAUGCGUCGUCCAAAAGCGACGAUUCCGCGGGCAGCGACUUUGAUGAGGAGGACGAGGCCGAGAAGAACCGUGAAGCCGAGAGGCUCCGACGGAAACAGGAGGCUCAUCUGUCCGUCUAUCGGCAGCAAAUGAUGAAGGUGACGGGUCAAGAGACCCCCGCACCGUCGCUUCGGCCAGAACUGGAACGUGCGAGUAACAGUGCUCCGAAUCUGACGGUGCCGUCGAUCAAGGGCGGAAACCAAUCCAGCAGUGGCAAGAGCAGCGAGGGUGGUGAUGACGACGAAGAGAUUCCGCUGGGCAUUCUGGCCGCGCACGGGUUCCCAAACAGAAACCGGCCUCCCACCCGGCUCAACCCCUCGAGCUCGAUCCCGAACCUGCGGGCUUCCUUUCACCAGCCUUAUAUAUCGUCUGCCGGGUCCGUGGCUGGCCACGAAUCCGGGAACCGCAGCAGCUUGCCCGUGUUUGCCCGCAACCUGCCCCGGGACCCUUACUUCGGAGCGAGUCUGGUGAACCCCUCCAACCGGGAGUCUCUUGCCCUGGGAGGAGGGGCAUCGGUCUAUGGCGGUCCGCCGGCCACCGCCGGUCCUCCAACAUCGUUGCCUCCAGGGGGUUUAGUUGGUGUAAUUGCCACGGAGGAGCGAGCAAGGGCAAUGCGAAGGGGAAGCCCGAACACCCAAGCCAUGUACGAAUAUCAAAAUGGCAUGUCCGCAGCCCCCAUUCACCCAAGCGGCAUCCCCCGGCCUUACACCAUGAUGAACAUGAACCCGCCGAAUAUGCCCGUCCCGCCCGCCCCAGUUUCGGCGACGGAACAGGCACAGAUCCAACUGUCUCAGCAGAUGUCGAGUAUGAUGCAGAUGCAAAUGCAGUGGAUGCAGCAAAUGAUGCAAAUGCAGGGCGGGCAAGGCCCUCCCCCAUCGCUGAUGCCUCCGGGAGCCUUUCCUCCCACUAUGCCGGCCAUGAGACCAAACUCGAUGCCCACGGCUGCAUCGAUGCACAAUACUCCGGCGGGCUACCAGAACGAUCAGCGGACGCUCAGCAUGCUCGAUCCGAACGCGUCUUCUCGGCUGAACAGCCCAUAUGCUUCGGCGAAUCUCCGCCCUGGCACCCCCGCCGGCCAAACUUAUGCCCCAUCGAUCGCCCCGUCGGAACGCAGCAACGUUGGCAUGGCUUCUCGGUAUCGGCCCGUCUCGACUGCGCCGCCGGAAGCUGAGUCCUCCUACCACUAUGUGCCCAAGCCAUGGAACGACGAAAACAUGCGGUCCUCGCCCUCCAUGACGUCGCGUCCGAGCAAGCCCCCCGUCCGACCCAUGUCCGCCGCGGGCAAGUCGAUUCUGACUGUCCGGAGCCCUCCCGCUGGGCCCGACGACGAUGACGACGAUGAAGGCUGGGCGGAGAUGAUGAAGAAGCGGGAGAAUAAGCGCAACAACUGGAAGCUGAAAAAGGAGACCUCCGGAUUCGGCGAUGUGCUCAACGCAGUACAUUAA